AUGGGGUCUGGCCCCGUGGGUGGACAGCGGAGCGGGUGCCCAGAGCCGGGCUUUGCCGAGACCCUGGCUGGGACAAGGGAGCGUGAAGAGUGGGGCAUUGCCGAGACCUGGCCAGGCCUGGAGCAGGUCAUGUUUGCUCCUUGCAGCUUGUAUGCCAGGGUUUGGAUCCCUGAUCCAGAGGAGGUCUGGAAAUCAGCAGAACUUCUCAAAGAUUAUAAACCUGGAGAUAAAGUUCUCCAGCUUCGACUUGAAGAGGGCAAGGAUUUAGAAUAUUGCCUAGAUCCGAAGACCAAGGAACUCCCUCCCUUGCGAAAUCCUGACAUACUUGUUGGUGAAAAUGACCUCACAGCACUUAGUUAUCUCCAUGAACCUGCUGUUUUACACAACCUCAAAGUUCGAUUUAUAGACUCUAAACUAAUUUAUACCUAUUGUGGUAUUGUCUUAGUGGCCAUAAAUCCUUAUGAACAACUGCCUAUCUAUGGCGAAGAUAUCAUCAAUGCCUACAGUGGCCAAAAUAUGGGGGAUAUGGAUCCGCAUAUCUUUGCAGUGGCUGAAGAAGCGUAUAAACAGAUGGCCAGAGAUGAGCGGAAUCAGUCAAUCAUUGUAAGUGGAGAAUCUGGAGCAGGAAAGACUGUCUCUGCCAAAUAUGCCAUGAGAUACUUCGCCACGGUCAGUGGAUCUGCCAGUGAAGCCAAUGUUGAGGAGAAAGUCUUGGCUUCCAACCCCAUAAUGGAGUCUAUUGGAAAUGCCAAAACCACAAGGAAUGACAACAGCAGCCGCUUUGGAAAAUACAUUGAAAUUGGUUUUGAUAAGAGAUAUCGAAUCAUUGGUGCUAACAUGAGAACUUACCUCUUGGAAAAAUCAAGAGUGGUGUUUCAGGCAGAAGAGGAGAGAAAUUACCACAUCUUCUACCAACUCUGUGCCUCUGCAGCAUUACCUGAAUUUAAAACUCUACGAUUAGGGAAUGCAAAUCACUUUCACUAUACGAAGCAAGGUGGAAGCCCUGUGAUUGAUGGUAUUGAUGAUGCUAAGGAAAUGGUAAACACCAGGCAGGCCUGCACUUUGCUAGGGAUUAGUGAUUCCUACCAGAUGGGAAUUUUUCGAAUCCUUGCUGGUAUCCUUCACUUGGGCAAUGUGGAGUUUGCAUCUCGGGAUGCUGACAGCUGCACUAUUCCUCCCAAACAUGAACCCCUUGCCAUCUUCUGUGACCUCAUGGGUGUGGAGUAUGAAGAGAUGGCCCAUUGGCUUUGCCAUAGGAAGCUCGCCACUGCCACUGAAACCUACAUCAAGCCCAUAUCUAAACUUCAUGCCAUCAAUGCCAGAGAUGCACUUGCCAAACAUAUCUAUGCUAAUCUUUUUAACUGGAUUGUAGAUCAUGUGAACAAAGCCCUUCAUUCUACUGUAAAACAGCAUUCGUUCAUUGGAGUGUUGGACAUUUACGGAUUUGAGACAUUUGAAAUCAACAGCUUUGAACAGUUCUGUAUCAACUAUGCCAAUGAAAAACUGCAGCAACAGUUCAAUAUGCAUGUCUUUAAAUUGGAACAGGAAGAAUAUAUGAAGGAGCAAAUACCAUGGACCUUGAUUGAUUUCUACGACAAUCAGCCUUGCAUUAACCUCAUAGAGGCCAAAAUGGGAAUUCUGGAUCUAUUAGAUGAGGAGUGUAAGAUGCCAAAAGGCUCGGAUGACACUUGGGCCCAAAAACUAUACAAUACUCACUUGAAUAAAUGUACCCUCUUUGAAAAACCACGUUUGUCAAAUAAGGCUUUUAUCAUCCAACACUUUGCUGACAAGGUGGAAUAUCAAUGUGAAGGUUUUUUGGAAAAGAAUAAAGACACGGUUUAUGAAGAACAAAUUAAGGUCCUGAAAUCAAGUAAGUUUAAGCUGCUACCGGAGUUAUUCCAGGAUGAGGAGAAGGUCCUCAGUCCCACGUCAGCAACCCCCUCAGGCCGUGUGCCAUUGUCUCGAACUGUUGUAAAACCAGCCAAGACCAGGCCGGGUCAAACCAGCAAGGAACAUAAGAAAACUGUGGGACAUCAGUUUCGAAACUCACUUCAUCUGCUGAUGGAAACCCUCAAUGCUACAACUCCGCACUAUGUGCGUUGUAUUAAGCCGAAUGACUUCAAGUUUCCAUUCACAUUUGAUGAAAAGCGGGCAGUACAGCAGCUUAGAGCAUGUGGUGUCCUGGAAACCAUCCGAAUAAGUGCAGCUGGCUUUCCCUCAAGGUGGACAUACCAGGAGUUCUUCAGUCGUUACCGUGUUCUGAUGAAGCAGAGAGAUGUCCUUAGUGAUCGAAAACAGACAUGUAAAAAUGUCUUGGAGAAGCUGAUUCUGGACAAGGAUAAGUACCAGUUUGGUAAGACAAAAAUAUUUUUCCGGGCUGGUCAAGUAGCCUAUCUGGAAAAAAUAAGGGCAGAUAAGUUGAGAGCUGCCUGUAUCCGCAUCCAAAAGACAAUCCGAGGCUGGCUGAUGCGAAAGAAGUACAUGCGUAUGAGGAAGGCUGCCAUCACCAUUCAGAGAUAUGUCAGAGGGUACCAAGCACGAUGCUAUGCCAAGUUUCUACGGAGAACACGGGCUGCCAUCACUAUUCAGAAGUUCCAGCGCAUGUAUGUUGUCCGCAAAAGAUACCAAUGCAUGCGAGCUGCCACUAUUGCUCUUCAGGCUCUCUUAAGAGGUUACGUGGCCAGGAACAAAUACCAAAUGAUGCUUCGGGAGCACAAGUCUGUUAUUAUUCAGAAACAUGUAAGAGGCUGGCUAGCUCGAGUGCGUUACCAGAGGACCUUGGAGGCAAUUGUUUACUUGCAAUGCUGUUACCGGCGCAUGAUGGCCAAGAGGGAGCUAAAAAAACUGAAGAUAGAGGCCCGGUCUGUGGAACGCUACAAGAAGCUUCACAUUGGCUUGGAGAACAAGAUCAUGCAGCUGCAACGCAAAAUUGAUGAGCAGAACAAAGAGUACAAAUCUCUGCUGGAGAAGCUGAGUAGCCUGGAGAUCACGUACAGUACAGAGACAGAGAGGCUGCGGAGUGAUGUGGAAAGGCUUCGGCUGAGUGAGGAGGAGGCUAAGAAUGCAACCAACCGUGUCCUCAGCCUUCAGGAGGAGAUCACCAAGCUUCGGAAGGAGCUGCACCAAACUCAAUCUGAGAAGAAGACCAUCGAGGAGUGGGCAGACAAAUACAAACAGGAAACUGAGCAGCUUGUAUCAGAACUGAAAGAGCAGAACACAUUACUGAAAACAGAAAAGGAGGAGCUGAAUCGUCGCAUCCAUGACCAGGCAAGGGAAAUAACAGAGACGAUGGAGAAGAAGUUCAUGGAGGAAACAAAACAAUUGGAGCUAGAUCUGAAUGAUGAAAGGUUACGGUAUCAGAACCUGCUGAAUGAGUUCAGCCGCUUAGAAGAACGUUACGAUGAUCUCAAGGAUGAAAUGAACUUAAUGGUGAACAUCCCCAAGCCUGGACACAAAAGAACAGAUUCGACUCACAGUAGCAAUGAGUCUGAAUAUACUUUCAGCUCUGAGAUCACAGAGGCAGAAGACUUACCACUGAGGAUGGAGCAGGAACCAAGUGAGAAAAAGGCACCACUGGAUAUGUCUCUGUUCCUCAAGCUGCAGAAACGGGUUACGGAGCUGGAGCAAGAGAAGCAAUCCCUGCAGGAUGAACUGGACAGGAAGGAGGAACAGGCUCUACGCGCGAAGGCUAAGGAGGAGGAAAGGCCCCCUAUAAGAGGUGCAGAGUUGGAGUAUGAGUCACUCAAGCGUCAAGAGCUUGAAUCUGAGAAUAAAAAACUGAAAAAUGAGUUGAAUGAGCUGCAGAAGGCCCUCACAGAAACACGAUCUCCUGAGGUAACUGCUCCUGGUGCCCCUGCAUACAGGGUCCUGCUGGAUCAGCUGACUUCAGUAAGUGAAGAGCUUGAAGUGCGCAAGGAAGAAGUCCUCAUCCUCAGGUCUCAGCUGGUUAGCCAGAAAGAAGCUAUUCAACCCAAGAAUACCAUGACAGAUGCUACAAUCCUCUUGGAGGAUGUGCAAAAGAUGAAAGACAAAGGAGAGAUAGCACAGGCUUAUAUUGGGCUGAAGGAGACAAACAGACAAUCUCCCCAGGACUAUCAUAUGCUGAAUGAGGACGGAGAACUUUGGCUGGUUUAUGAAGGGUUAAAACAAGCCAACAGGCUGCUGGAGUCUCAGCUUCAGUCGCAGAAGAAGAGCCAUGAGAACGAGCUGGAGUCACUGCGAGGCGAGAUCCAGAGUCUGAAGGAAGAAAACAAUCGCCAGCAGCAGCUCUUGGCGCAGAACCUGCAGCUGCCCCCAGAGGCCCGGAUCGAAGCUAGUCUGCAGCAUGAGAUCACCCGGCUGACUAAUGAAAAUCUGUUUUAUGAGGAGUUGUAUGCAGAUGAUCCCAAGAAGUAUCAAUCGUACCGGAUUUCACUUUACAAACGGAUGAUUGAUUUAAUGGAGCAACUUGAAAAGCAAGACAAAACUGUUCGCAAGCUGAAGAAACAGUUGAAAGUAUUUGCUAAGAAGAUUGGUGAACUUGAAGUGGGCCAGAUGGAGAACAUAUCACCUGGACAAAUCAUUGAUGAACCUAUUCGUCCAGUUAACAUUCCGCGGAAGGAGAAGGACUUCCAAGGGAUGUUAGAAUAUAAGAAGGAGGAUGAACAAAAACUUGUCAAGAAUCUUAUUUUAGAACUGAAACCACGUGGUGUGGCUGUCAACCUGAUUCCAGGAUUACCAGCAUAUAUUUUGUUCAUGUGUGUACGCCAUGCGGAUUACCUCAAUGAUGACCAAAAAGUGAGGUCACUGUUGACAUCCACUAUCAACGGCAUCAAAAAAGUGUUAAAGAAAAGAGGUGACGACUUUGAAACUGUGUCAUUCUGGCUAUCUAAUACCUGCCGAUUUUUACACUGUUUGAAGCAAUACAGUGGAGAAGAGGGAUUCAUGAAGCAUAAUACACCUCGUCAGAAUGAACACUGCCUCACUAAUUUUGACUUAGCUGAAUAUAGACAAGUACUGAGUGACUUGGCUAUUCAGAUCUACCAACAACUUGUCAGAGUGUUGGAAAACAUUCUGCAACCAAUGAUUGUUUCAGGAAUGCUUGAGCAUGAGACUAUCCAAGGUGUCUCAGGGGUGAAGCCAACUGGGCUGCGGAAGAGAACAUCCAGCAUUGCCGAUGAAGGGACCUACACUUUGGACUCUAUUAUUCGACAGCUAAACUCUUUCCAUUCGGUGAUGUGUCAGCAUGGAAUGGAUCCAGAACUGAUCAAGCAGGUUGUCAAGCAGAUGUUCUACAUCAUUGGAGCUGUGACACUUAAUAAUCUUCUCCUGCGGAAAGACAUGUGCUCCUGGAGCAAAGGAAUGCAGAUAAGAUACAAUGUGAGUCAACUUGAAGAAUGGCUACGUGAUAAAAAUUUAAUGAAUAGUGGAGCUAAAGAAACACUAGAACCUCUCAUCCAGGCUGCACAACUGUUGCAAGUGAAAAAGAAAACAGAUGAAGAUGCAGAAGCCAUUUGUUCAAUGUGCAAUGCUCUGACUACUGCCCAGAUUGUAAAAGUUCUGAAUUUGUAUACUCCAGUUAAUGAGUUUGAAGAAAGAGUCUUGGUAUCAUUUAUACGUACAAUACAGAUGCGUUUGAGAGACAGGAAGGACUCUCCUCAGUUGCUCAUGGAUGCUAAACACAUCUUUCCUGUUACUUUUCCAUUUAAUCCAUCCUCUUUGGCAUUAGAAACCAUUCAGAUUCCAGCUAGCUUGGGCCUGGGCUUCAUAUCACGUGUCUGAUCCCAAGGAUGCACUGUCAGUGAUACAUGGUUGCUCAGCGUCUUUAUCCAUUAAAAUCUAGUGAGCCACUGAAAACACACUUUCUGAACAAACAGUGUAUAUAUAUUUAUGCGCAGAUCUGUAGUAAAAUCAGCUGGAAAACUACGUAAGAGUGGCACAGAUAGAAGGCUAAUAGAAAGAUGUGCAUUUGUGUUAAGUCGUUACAUUUAUGAAGGCAUUACUAACUCAUACAUUUCUGGAGUGUGGAAAUAGAGAUUGGGCAAAAAUUGUGUCUUCAGCUGUCUAGAGACAUUUUUAGAUCUUUAGUAACAUAUUUAAAUAGUGUAAAUUAAACUCCAUGUGUAAUCUUCUUGUAGGCAGGGACCAAUAAGGGGACAUCACAAUCCUGAACAUGGAAAACUUAAAAAGUAAGGCAUUUUGUAGUAGCAGAUGCAGUCACUUGGGAGCCUGUUACAUUUAAUUUGUAAAAACUGGAAUGGAGAAACGAAAACUGGCAAUAUAUACAAUAGUUUCUUAAACCACUUCCUUAUUUAUGUCAGUUUGACAUAAAUUAGUGAUAAGUCUUAUAGCUUACUACAUGGUAUAUAACAUAGGUGGUUAUUUGUUAGUAGUGUGGUUUACCAAGCAUAUUAAAUCGCUGCUGCAUAUUGUGUUCUUUUUAAUAUAUGACAGUAUCAUUUUAGGCACUAAAAAUGAGAUAUAUCACUUUUUGUUGUCAACCUUGUUUACAGUCCAGUGCAGUCUGUUACUUUAACUGGAUUUUUGCAAAUGUUAUCAAAUAUCACCUGCAAAGGAAAAUGGUAACUAAGCACAACUAGCACACUGGAAGUUACAUGUUUAGGUUUUUUUAAAUAGUUAUCUAGAAAUACAGUAUGCUGAAGCAAAUGAUCAAAAGUCAAUCAUGAUGUUAGUAUUUAUUUAAAUUUUGUAGUUUGUCCAAUGUUUUUCUUUGUUUGUAGACCCCAGAGAUGACAGUCUGUAUUUUUAGUAUCAUCAUCUGUUUUGUUUUGUUGUUGCUUUAUAAAAUAUAUUCUUUCAUACUGGUAUUUAAGAGGAAAAACUUUUGAUACAAAAUUUCUGCAGUAGCCCAAGUCUGAUAUUCUUUGAAAAGUUGGCUAAGAAAAAUAUUCAGUAAGUUUUGAAUAUGAUUCAUGCUGAUAUAAUGUAUAUCAUUACAGAGUGCAUAUUAGAAGCGGAGUUACUUUGGCUAUUGCACAUCUUACCAUAAAGAUUUUUCCCUCUUACAUGCCUUAGAUCUGUUAUAUAGAAUUCGUAUUUUACAAUUUGCAACAAUAAAGGCAGAGGCUUAAGAUUCCAAUUUAAAACAUACAGUUUGUGGUGUAUGGCUCAAAUAUACCUGUAAAAGUCUCGCAUACUACUCAUGAGGUUGCAGUAUGCAAUAUUUUUAAUGUAUUCUAAAAUUAGCAAUUUAACAUUAAUUUCUUUAAAAAUACAGAGAAGUAAUCUAGAGUUACUUAUCAGUUUGCCUGUAAAAACGCAGAAUAAUUUUUGUUGUUAAACAGACUGAAACAUUUCAGUUGUUUUACUUGAGAGAUAGACAUGCUGUUCAUAUGGUUGCUGAUAAAAUCCUUAAUAAAGACAGCUUAAACUUUGUCAGUAACAUUUUGAAAUACUCAUGUCAUUUCAUUUUCAAUGUGUAUGCCCCAUACUGUGUUUGAUGGAUCACACGGAUGCUUUCAAGAACCUACAUUGCAUUGCAUAAAUAUUUCGAAUGAGCCUUGCUAAAUGAUUUAGAUUAUUUACCUGUGCAUAGCGUAUCAAUUUUUUUCUUCAGAUGUUACAUUAUUUCUGAAAUUACAGCUACUGUAAGUGGCUCCAAAUAAGGUAAAAUAUAAUAAUGGUGGAGUAUAGUAGCUUUUGACUUUUAGGGUACUCUAUUUGCAGGAAUGUAAUAGGAAAAUCUUCACAUCCAGUAACAAGGUAGAUGAGAGAACAUACCGACCUACAAAAUUUUUCUCCUAUUAAAAAAAAAUGACAUUACAGUAUGUUCAUACUGUAGAUCAGUAAAAGUAUCCAAUACUUAAACAUUAGUGUAUUGACACAUAUGCCUAAAUGUAUUUUUGUUUAUUUUUAAAAUUUGUUUACCUGUAAAAAGCCUUAUUGUAUCUCGUUUCCUUAAAAAAAAGUAGUGUUAGUAAUUUAUAGGUAUUAUCCUUAAACUCAGUGGUUUGACUGGUAUUACUUUUAUAUCACAUUAAAAGUAUAUGCUGAUUGACAUGUUUUAAAGGAAAAUAUUUUUAAGUUGAAAUAAAUGUGUAAUUGGUAAUUCAUCUAAUAUUUUACAUGGCAGUAUUUCACAUGCACUUUUCAGAAGUAAAAUUUUAGUGUCAGUGUAUAAUAUAAAGUUAUCUUUCAUCUUAGGACUAAUAGCUCUUUAACCAUGGAAUAUAAUGCAAAAUUAUGUUAACAAUUUUUUUUCCUUUGAAUCAUGGUUAUGCUCUUUUAAUGUGGAUAUAUCUUUUAUAUUUUAAUUUAUUAUCUAUUGCUGUAAUAGAUUCUAUUGGAUGCUGGAAAACACUUGCCAAUGUCCCCUUAGAAUUACACAGUUAUUCUAGAGAUUUUGCACAGAAAUUACCUCAUUCAGUUUCAUGUCUAUUUAUUCCAGUGAUCAUUUUAUUCUGACGUUUAGAGCACCAUCUUCUACACAAAUUUUAACAGAUUGUUUCUCAGACUUUGAUCUGGGAUGAAACAUGAAAGUGCUUAAGUCCAUUAAAUGUGAUCAAUCUUGCCUACCUAUCACAGGAGAAAAAUAGGAUCAACAUCAAUGUUGAACAGUGGAUUUAUAUCCAGUAACAUUUGUCAUUUGUUAUGAAACACCAGCAUUUGCAAUUUGAAGAUAAUUUAUGAUUGAACACAUUUCAAAUACCAUUCAAAAACUUUGAGUAAACUUUUCUUUUUUUUUUUUUUUAAGAUGCUGAUAAUUCAUCUGGUAAAUAAAAGCAUUUAAUCAUAGGUUUUCACUAGAUACCACUGAAGUACGUAGAUGAAAACCAAAACAUUAUCAGAAUGACCUGAGCUCUGAUCUGUUGUAGUGUCUGAUGUUGUACUUAGUAAAUGUAUGCAUCAAAAAAACUGUAGCCUAAUAGCUAUCACUGGAAAAUGUCCAAAUAAAAAUACAACUGUAAGACUU